CGACGCUGCUUGUCGCCGCGUCGACCGCGCUUUCUCUCUUCCUCUCAUACUCGCUCUACUGCUACUUAAUCACGUCCAGAAACGUUUGCCAGCCUUCCGCGUAGGUCCGGUGGCCAUCGACACGUCCGAAGAUGCAACGGGAACAUGUUCGCAGAGGGUUCACCAUUAGCCACCAAAAGGUUGUGCUGGAGAUUGACUUCUCCGGCAGUCUAUGGGGCUACACAGAACUCACCGUAGUCCCUGCAAGCAAAGAUUUGAAGACACUUCACCUCCAUUCGAGGCAGUGCACGAUACAUUCUGUCACCGUCGCUUCCCAUCCUGCCGACUUUGUCUAUCAUGACCCCCUCGCCAAUCUCAACAUCUCCAACCCCCAGGAUGUCCACGUCCACCCAGAACUCAAGCGCAAGGUGUAUUCUGCCCUGGCCGAAGGUGACGAGGGCGAACUGUCGAUCGCGAUACCGAGGGAGGUGUCCUUCAGGCAGUCAGGACACAUUGCGGCGGGCAUCAUGAGCGAAGCUGCAACUCCGGAACCUCAGACACCUGGGCCGAUGUUUCAGCCAACGCUCCCUGUGCCAGAGUUCAAUCCUAUCACCGUGAAUAUUGCUUACAGCGUACGCAAUCCUGCGGAUGGACUGCAGUUUGUGCUCCCGACUGAUGCAUAUCCCUAUCGCGUGCCCCAUGUAUACACCACGCCCUCAUGUCCCGACGCUGCCCGAUGCUGGGUGCCCUGCAUUGACAAUCUAUGGGAGAAAUGCACGUGGGAAUUCGAAUUCGUCGUUCCAAGAUUCCUGGAGCAACGGGAGGACACACCCGUGGACGACGAAGAGCCACUGGAAGGCGAGAGUCCCACAGUCGUCGUUUGCAGCGGAGAGCUGGUGGAGCAAGUCGCUCAUCCGUACAACUCGAACAAGACGAUCUUUCUCUUCUCGCAGAGUACCUUGACGUCGGUGCAACACAUCGCUUUUGCUGCUGGGCCAUUUUACGUUCAUCCCAUACCAGCCGAUCUCAGUGCUGCCGAAGAUGCCUCUGGCACUACACAGCCGCUCAUGCACGCAUUUUGUCUCCCGGGUCAUGAAGGGCUCCUUGCGAACUCCAUUUCCUUCAUGCGCUCUGCCAUGAGUUAUUACUCAACAGAGUUCGGCUCCUACCCAUUCGGUUCUCACAAGCUCGUCUUCGUGGAUGAAAUGCCGACGCAACGAUUCGAUAGUGCAACCCUUUCCCUCGUCACCGUAGACCUGCUAUACGGCGAGGACGCCAUAGACCAGGUUUUCGAGACCCGACAUUGCCUGAGCCACGCGCUCGCCUGCCAGUGGAUGGGUAUCAACAUCCAGCCGAAGACAUGGUCGGACACUUGGCUUGUUAAUGGCCUCGGUUUGUACAUCGCGGGUCUGUUCACUCGCAAGCUGCUCGGUAAUAACGAGUACCGGUUCAAGCUCAAGAAGGACAUGGAACGCGUGCUUCAACUGGACAACGGUUCCAUGCCACCCAUCUGCCAACCACAGCAGCUGGAUCCCCCCGACUCCGUCACAUUGCCGUUCAUUGACUUGAAGGCACCGCUUGUCCUUCACAUCCUGGAUCGGCGUCUUGGCAAGUCGGGUACCUCUCUGGGCUUGUCUCGAGUCCUUCCCAAGGUGUUCUUGUCCGCUAUCAGCGGCGAGAUGCCAAACAACCUCAUUUCGACCCAUUCAUUUCUGCGGACAUGUCGCAAGGUGAGCGGUAUCGACCCACGUUCCUUCGCGGAACAGUGGAUCUACGGGAGUGGGUGCCCUACGUUCGGGUUCUCGGCGACCUUCAACCGAAAGAAGAUGGCCGUCGAGAUCUCGAUGCGCCAGGAUGCCCCGGCUUUCAAAGUACACGAGAACAACGAGGUUGGAAAGGCGCUCAUGAAGCCCGUGCCGUUCUUUGAGGGCCAGAUGACCAUCCGUAUCCACGAGGCCGAUGGGACCCCGUACGAACACGUUCUCGACAUCCGUAGUCCAUACAAACGCUAUGAAGUUCCGUUCAACACCAAGUAUAAGCGAGUACGGCGGAACACGAAGCGGUACUUAGCACGGCAGGCCGCCGCUCAGGCUGCUGCGGAAGGUGACGCCGAGGCCGCCGCGGCGAUGGACAUGGUCGACAUGGGCUUCGGGCUCGAGAUCUGGGAGAACGAGAAGGAGCGCGAGAACUGGAAAGUGGCCGACUGGACUGAGGAAGACGAGCAGAACAUGGCAGGGCAAACCUACGAGUGGAUCCGGAUUGACGCGGAUUUUGAGUGGAUCGCGGCGAUCGCGUUCGACCAGAAGGACUACAUGUGGGUGUCGCAGCUGCAACGAGAUCGAGAUGUUGUGGCGCAAUAUGAGGCGAUCCAAGAGCUAUCGAAGGCGCAAAAUCCCAUCAUCUCGAGCACGCUCACCAAGACAGUGCUUGUAUCGAACUACUACUACCGGAUACGUUCUGAGGCGGCCCAAGCCCUCGUAUCAUGCGCAAUACAGAGGCUGGAAUGGCUGGGCCUGUUCCAUCUGUUCAAACUCUUCCUGCGCUAUUGUUACGAACCGGAUAACCCCAAGCCCGACCUCUUCAGCCAUACGUACGUGCCAAGACCCAACGACUUCAGUGACUACGCGGAGUACUUCGUGCGGAAGAGUUUGAUACGGGCCAUCUCGAGAGUCCGGUUCGAGAACGGGAAGACGCCGCCUAUCAUCAGGCAGUUCCUCGUUGACCAGCUGCGGUAUAACGACAAUACCUCCAAUCCUUAUUCGGAUGCGUUCUACAUCUGCACCGUAAUCUCUGCCUUGGCGUGCGCCACCAUCUCUACAGUGCCGCCGGAGCGUGGCGAAUUCACCGCUACGGAUUCCCAGCCUGUACAGGAUGCCCAAGACGCGGAACUACUGAAGCAAGCCCUCGCGGAGGUAGACCGCUAUCGAAGCAUGGACAGGUUGAUACCGACGUACCAUAACGUGGUGACUGUUGCUGUCAUCGAGUUUCACCUGAUGUUCAGUGUCGCCAACCUUAUUCCUCAUGACCCUCGCACAUUCUUCCCCCUGACACGUGAGGGCAACUACACUCAAGUUCGAAUGGCGGCCUUCGAUUACCUGUUCCUCACGAAAUGGUACACACCGAAGGUCAUGCGUUACAUCCUCGCGGUCACGGCCAACGAUCCUUCGAGGAUUAUUCGGCGGCACGUCGCGCAGAACGCCUGCCUCAGUCUCGCACUCCUUGUAUCCAUGGGCGAGGUCAAGACCCUGAAGGAGACGGAGUCCGUGCUCAUCGAGGAGGAUGGGAAUGGUGCGGAGAAGGCCAAGGAGAACAAGAAGAGUGACAUGGAUUUGAUGAUCAAGGCGUUCAGGAAGGACAGGGAGCUCGGAAAGAGCGAAGUGAUUAGAGAGUCUUUGAUGCCUAUUGCCCUAGCACCCGAGACGGACCAUGAAGUUCGGUGGUGCUUGCUGAAGGUCGCGGACCUGCUCAUUCGCGGUGCCGAGGAGGCUCCACCUAAAGUCACCAUUCACCUUCCGCCUACUCCUGUCACCGAGUCCGCACCACCUAUCCCCUCCGUCAAACUUCCACUCAAGUCUCGUCCUACUAUCAAGACGACAGGAGGUCCCCCUACCCGGACUCCGACUCUACCCUUUGCGGGAACACCGAAGCUCAAGCUUCCUCCUAGUAGCGUGCAAGGUGAUCACUCUACAAGGACACACAGCGCUGCGGCAAGUCCUGUACUCGACAGACGGGAUACUUUUACUGUGCCGAAGCUUCCUCCGCCUAAGAAAGCGCCCGCACCAGAGAAGAAGAAACCGCAGCACGUCCCGAAAGCUCAGUCGGCUGGCAUGAGCCUGAACGACCUUCGAGCCUGUCGCAACGCCCUCAAGAAGCUGCAAACUCACAAGCGUGCCACUGUCUUCCUGCAGCCUGUUGAUCCUGUGCGGGACCAUGCUCCUAGCUACUUCGAGGUCAUCAAGAACCCCAUGGAUCUAAGCACUAUGAACGCCAAACUUGAGUCGGGGAAGUACAAGGAUCGGUUCGCGUUCGAGGACGACUUCCGGCUGGUUAUCAGUAAUGCCAAGUUUUACAACCCACCCGGCACCUACGUCUACAAUGAGGCUCUAGCAUUGGAGACGUUCUUCGAUAAGCAAUGGGUGCGCAUUAACAAGACCCUCGAAGCUGCAGAUCGCGCCGCACAGCCGCGGGCUGCGAAUCCUCCGCCGGCCCCUGUCAAAGCAGCCCCAGCUACUCGUGCCCCCUCUGACUCACGGCCCGCUGAGUCGCCUGCGUCAGCAACUCCCGCUGCGUCGCGACCGUCCAUCAAGUUGAAGGUGGGUGGAGCAACGCUGUCAGAGACACCCUCGAAACCAGCUACAAAAGCCAAGGGCAAGAAGGCUCAACCACGCGAGCCUGCACCUCCCCCACGCCCACCAACGCCCGUGAUUGAUGAUGGCUCGGCCGACCUGCUGGAAGAGGUCAUCGCUAUCGAGAGGCAGAAAGACCAGGGACGCAAGCAGCGAACCACCCACUCUACGGAGAAGGAGAAGGAGAAGCAUGCUCCGAAGCUCGUCAUCGGCAAACGCAAGAAGCCAUUUGAAGAUCAAACUGAAGACGAGAUACUUGCCCUUGCGACACCGUCAAAGAAGGAGCGGCCAGCCCCACCUACGCCCGUUGCAGGACAGUCUUCUGCUGCAUCUACGCCAGCCCCUAAAGCGAGGCACAACGGUGUUCCCCACACCAAUGGCAGUGCCGUGCAGACAAGCAAGGCAAAGACUGUCAAAGCAACUACUGUAGCGCCCUCCGAACCAGCCACAGAAGUCCCUCAGCGCGCUUCUGCUAAAGGCAAGGAGAAGGAAGUCGCGACGCCGGUGGUCACGCCACGAGCAACGACACCAGCUAAGCCAAAGAAGGCUGUCGUUCAGGCCACUCCUGUAAACGAGAAGAAGUGUAGGGAGAUUCUGAAGAUGUUGAUGAAAGUACCAGAAGCUCGCAUCUUCUUGAAGCCGGUCGAUCCUAUAAUGGAUGGGUGCCCAACCUAUUACGACGAGAUCAAGGAACCGAUGGACUUCGGCACGAUGUCGACCAAGCUAAGCGAGGGUACUUAUACGACUAUGGAAGACUUCGCCAGAGACGUCGGGCACAUCUUCCGUAACUGCCGCACGUUCAAUCCGCCCACGACCUAUCCAGUCAAUUGCGCGGAUGUAGUUGAGCGGGUGUUCAAGAAGGAAUGGGCGAAGGCUAUGGAGAAGAAGCUCGCAUGGAACGAGAAGCGUAGUCUCCAGGCCAUCAUGAACAAGUUGGUCGCUGAUCCAAUUUCCUUCGUCUUUCGUGAGCCCGUCGACCCAGAGCUGCUGGGUAUCCCGACGUACUUCGAUAUCAUUCCACGCAAGGAUGCCCGCGAUCUUCGGACCAUUCGUCAGAAGUUGGACGCAGACAAGUACGAUUGCGUGGAAGCUUGGGAGGCAGACAUGGACCUCAUGAUCAACAACGCCAUAACGUUCAACGGAGCCGAAUCAGAGGUCGGACGGAUCGCCGUCGUCAUGAGGAACAAGUACAAGGAGCUGGCGUCGGGUCUCAAAUCGACUGCCAUGAAGCGAAAGGGCAGUGACAAGGGCACACCGCAGCCGAGCAAGAGGAUGAAGUUGAGUUAGACGUCGUAAACAUUAUUCGCUGUGUAUCAUCUGUACUGCUUAUCGUGUCGCAUUGCUGUCAUGUAUCUUAUCGCUUGCAAAAGUAACUCUGGAUUCUGAUGGUUGCAAUACGAGUGUAGUCAAGUCGUUCAAUGUUGACC